CUCCACUCUUGUGUCCCUCAAGCAACAUUGAUAGCCUUGCAAAUAAACCUCUCUUCCUCUUCUCCUUUCCCCCCUCUCUCUCUCUCUCCUUGUUAACUUAGGAGAGAGACAUUAAUAAGAAAAUCCCAAUCUUCUUCCUAAAUCAACUCACAAAGAGGGAACAUGGGUGGAUGUGCUAGCGUACCCAUCAAGUUCAAGAAGGCUGAGGCCCCGGAGCCCGCGAAGGAAGAGUUGGAUGCCGCCCCCGUCCCCGCCACCGUCGAGGAGGAUAAGACUGCCGAGGAGGUGAAGACCGAGGUCGCGGAGACCAAGGAAGAAGAGAAGGCCGAGGGUGAGAAGGCAGAAGACGACAAGGAUGCUCCCUCUCUAGGAACAUUGCUCGAUAAGGAUGAAGAUAAGAAAGAGGAGAAGAGCGAGGGAGAGGCUACGCCCAAGGAGGAAGAGGAGACAAAAGAAGUAGAGGCUGAGGAGGCCAAGAAGGAGUAGAAGGGAAACAGAAGCGAAGGAAGCCUAGGUCAUUCAGAUUACGAGUCAAAUUAAGUUGAGAAAGGCUUCUAAUGUUGCGGAUUAUUCUUUGAAUACACCCCGAAUUUAAGCUGCAAUUCUUAAAGAGUCUCUGUAAUCGUGGAGAUGAGUCAUCAAGUUUGUGAGCCAAAUCCAUUCUUUCUGGUGUAUCAAAUCAAUGUUUGUUUUUUGUUUCUCCAAUGUUAGAGGGCGUUCAUUGUCACAAAAUCAUCUAAGUGUCUUAUCGUUUUACCUGGAAUAAAAAGACCCUUUUGUAUUCUUUA